UCGUUUUUGAUGGUUUGAUCUGUUUUCCACGCCUAUGCGGCUCUGCGGCAGUGGUGCUGAUCGUUUCAUCGCUGCUGUGUCUCGUCGCUGCAUGGAGGUUACGCUUCGUAGUUCCGCGGCAACGCUGCGGUGUUCCCAAUAACUGCUGGUGAGACGACCUCCUGAAGAGGCGGUGCCACCGAAACGCGCCUGACAGCGGUGCACUAUGAGCGACGAAGACCCUGUGAUACAAACCAACCUUGAUGCCGCUUUGAGCAAGAGGGAUGCUGUUACCAAGGGAUACUGGCACGACCCUUACAUACAGUACUUUGUCAAGGCGACAGAACGCAAAACACCUGAGAUCAGCCGCGGCUACUAUGCCAGAGUUCAAGGCAUCAAAAUGCUCUUGGACAAGUUCCUCAAGGUCUGCGGUCCCGAGUGCCAAGUGGUCAAUUUGGGUGCGGGAUUCGACACCUUGUUUUGGCGGCUCAUGGACGAGAAAGCGCAGUUUAAAAGCCUCGUAGAAGUAGACUUACCUGCGGUCACCACGCGCAAGUGCUACUACAUCCGACUGCGCAAACAGCUCCUCAAAGGCAUUGCCACUGAAGAUGCGUUUAACCAGCUGCUGAUCCAUCAGUCAUCGGGUGUUAGCACGCCAACCUUCGACGACGAUGUUCGGGUCAGUGCUUCGGACUUGCAUGCUGGUCACUACCACCUGGUGGGCUGUGACCUGCGGGAGCUUGAUGUGUUCGAAGCCAAGGUGGUGCACGAGUCUGGACUGGACCUUAAGCUGCCUACAAUGUUCAUCGCAGAGUGCGUGCUUGUCUACAUGAGUUGUGAGGAGUCAUCGGCACUUCUGUCCUGGAUCACACGCAACUUCCCAAAUGCAGUGCUUGUCUCCUAUGACCCUGUCAACAUGGGCGACAAGUUUGCCGAGGUCAUGGUGGAGAACCUGAAGCAGCGCAACUGCCUUUUAGCAGGGCUGCAGGCAUGCACUACCAUCAAAGCCCAGGAAGAAAGGAUUCGACAGUCAGGUUGGGAGGUGUGCAAAGUGUGGACUAUGAACCAGGUUUACCAGUCAUUUCCUGCCGUCGAAUUGCACAGGGUCGAGAAACUGGAAAUGCUGGAUGAACGGGAGCUGUUGGAUCAACUUUUGUCGCACUACUGCCUCUGCAUAGCAUACAAAGGUGGAGGUGGACCAUCCAAAUUUGAGCGGCUGUGUUUCCCACUUGACAGCCACUGAUGUGCCAACUGGAGUAAACAAAAGACCACCACUCAUGGUUUGGUGCCUAUCCCGUCUGGGCAGCACAUGUGGACAUUUCAGUGUUGCCUAGACAAAGGGAGUAGGCAGGGAAACCUUUUCAUGGGCAGGGAUGUGAGAAAACCUGCUGCGAUGUGUUGCUGUGUGCUCACAAAUCCAGUAUCCCAGUGAUAAAUUUGUUGGUUAACGUGCAUUUGUUUCAUUACAGCACUCCAUUUUUGUUGCUAAGACAGCAGGUUUCCCAUGCUUUGCUGGGACUUGCUUGUUGGUGCACGAGUUUUGCCUGUGGUAUAGUUGUUUUAUGGACACACGACAGCACAGCUGCUUAAUAUUUGUCCUCCCUUGGUCUCUGCAUCAUUCAAGUUACAUGGUACCACGUUGUGUUCCUGUGAACAUCAGUGUCGUAGUCGUUAUUAAAGCAUAUUUGAACAACUGA